ACGAGUCAAAGAGCUCGCAAUACUUUUUAUAAAAUUGUAUCAAAUUAUUUUAUUUCAAAUCAUGGAUAAUAAACAAUUGCCCACUUCAUCAGACAAUCGUCAUUCCCAGCAGCAACUGGCCGUAAAUGCCGCAGAAGCGACAAAACCGCGCAAUGUAAAUUGUACAACAAUCAUGAACAAUCAACCAUCAGCUCCACACGCAACAACUGAAGAGGAAUCGCCGCCUUUUGAGGAAGAACCACAUGAGAAAGUGCUGGAUGAAGAUAUUAUAAACGAUAUAAUAUUUGCGGUCACAACCAGGAGUGGAGUGUCUGAAGAGGAAGUUCGUAAUACUAUCGCCGCAGUUUGCGCCGAACAGAGAAAAUUGUGGGAAGAGGAAAAUAAAGGAAAUAUGAAAAAUAAAACUAUCAAAAGUUAAAAUUAUAUUUUUUAAAAUGCAAGUAACUGUAAUUAAAGUAUAAUAAAGAUUAAUGUACGAGGAACAUUA